AUGGACGGAACCCGACAAGCACCCAAAACAAGCGCCAUCAAGCUCGCGCAGGCCCGCGCCCUCCAGCGGCGGCAGCGCGCAGCCGUCAACAGCUAUGUGGCGCGGCUCGAGCUUAGCGUCGACGAGCUCCGGCGCGAGACGGCGCGGCUCGAGGGCCAGCGCGAGGCCUGGGCCAUCAUGCACCCGGCGCCCGAGCGGCCAUUGGACCACACGGCGAGCGCCCGUGUCGGCGCCGCGUACUUUGACGUGUGCCGCUUUGGCAUUACGACGGACCACGACGUCACCGCCUUGCUAUCGCUGCUCGCGACCGACGGCUUUGAUUUCAUGGGCGGAGGCGGCGUCGACGCGUUCCUUGCCCAGUGGCACCGGUACGUCACGUACUUUGCAGCACUCGAGAUGACGUGUCGCCACAUUGCUGUCUCGCCGGCCGAGACGAAUGACAUCGUCGUCUGCAACAGCGUCAUGCGCUUGCGUCUCCACCGCCGGACGCUCGAGUGCCUCUUCCCGCACGUCUUGGCCCGAGAAGACAUGGUCCAGCGCCUCGUCGGGCGGGAGCUCUCGGCGCCCAUGACGCUGACGCUCAUCGUGCGCCACGACACGUGCCAGAUCCAGUCCAUGCAUUCGGACGUCGCGUUUGCCUCGAGCAUGGCAGAGCUCCUCGGCAGCCUGGAAGAUACUGCGGUUGCCAUGGACGGCGCGCGUGUCCAUGGCCCAUGGCUGUUGUCGGAGGACGAUGACGACGCGUCAGUGGCGGCAAAAAGCUUGACGUAUACAGCUACGUGA